UAAAACCCUCAAAGAAUUCACCUUCUUCUGUUGAUAUUUUUAUUUUUAUUUUUCUUUCUUUCGGCUACUGUAAUUGCUUGAGAGAGGGAGAGAGAGGGAGAGAGAGAGAGAGAGAGAGAGAGAGAGAGAGAGUCCUAUGCUGGGGGACUCAGGCAGCAGUGUGUUGGGGAGCUCGGGAGAUGCGGUGGCGGCCAUGGCAGCGUCUGUGGCAGCUCAGGAGGGCGCGGAGGUUGGCGGCGCUGGAUCAAAUUCCGGUGAAGAAGAUAAGGGUUAUAGGGCUGACGAGGGCGAGCGCAGCUAUGGCGGAAACCGGUGGCCUCGACAGGAGACUUUGGCGCUCCUGAAGAUACGCUCCGACAUGGGCGUGGUUUUCAGGGACGCAAGUGUAAAGGGUCCAUUGUGGGAAGAGGUUUCCAGGAAGCUGGCAGAGCUUGGUUAUCAUCGAAGCGCCAAGAAAUGCAAGGAGAAAUUCGAGAACGUGUACAAGUACCACAAGAGAACAAGAGAAGGCCGCACGGGGAAGCCGGACGGAAAGACUUAUCGUUUCUUCGAUCAAUUAGAAGCUCUCGAAAGCCAUCCUCCAAUUCAGUCGCAGACGCCGCCAAAGCCUCAUCAGACGGCUCCGGUGGUGGCUGUGGCAGCAUCGACGACGACCGUGGCAAUGCAAGCAUUACCUAAUAACCCUCCAGCCCAGCUUCCUCAGAUCACUGUUACAUCCGCGACGUCGCACGCAAUGAGUAUGUCUCAAGCCGCCAAUAUUCAUCAUGUGGCGCCGCCGAUAAACCUUACAAUCCCUUCUUCCUUCCCACCGCCAAACCCUACGGUUCUCCCACCGCCACCGCCUUUUGCUAACCUUUCCGCGGAUCUUAUUUCCAAUUCCACCUCUUCCUCCACUUCAUCCGACGAAGAGCUGGACGGCGUGCGGCGUAGGAGGAAGAGGAAAUGGAAGGACUUCUUCGAGAGGCUAAUGAAAGAUGUGGUCCAGAAGCAAGAAGAGCUGCAGAAAAAGUUCUUGGAAGCCAUAGAGAAGCGGGAACACGAGCGCAUGGUUCGUGAAGAAGCUUGGAGAGUGCAAGAGAUGGCGAGAAUCAAUAGAGAGCGGGAGAUAUUAGCCCAAGAAAGAUCCAUAGCCGCAGCCAAGGACGCUGCAGUGAUGUCAUUCUUGCAGAAAAUAUCGGAACAGCAAAACCCAGGUCAUCAUCAAGUAGUUCAAUAUAAUCUACCGCAACCACAGGCAGCGCAACCGCAACAACCGCCACCACCACCACCGCCUCCGGCGGCACAGCCGGCAUUGCCACCACAUCCAGCACCGGUAGUACUUACAGGUUUGGAAAUCCAGAAGCUUGAUAAUGGGGAGAAUUUCACGCCGACAAGCUCUUCCCGAUGGCCGAAAGUGGAGGUUCAAGCUUUGAUAAAGCUAAGGACAAAUCUUGAUGCGAAGUAUCAAGACAGCGGGCCUAAAGGGCCUCUAUGGGAGGAGAUCUCGGCCGCCAUGAGAAAGAUUGGAUACAACAGAAGUUCGAAGCGAUGCAAAGAGAAGUGGGAGAACAUAAAUAAGUACUUCAAGAAGGUGAAGGAGAGCAACAAGAAGAGGCCGGAGGAUUCCAAGACGUGUCCGUACUUUCACCAGCUAGAUGCUCUAUACAGAGAGAGGAACAAGUUUGAAAACCCAUCAGCAGCCCACCAAGUACUAAAGCCCGACAGCACCAUGGUUCCGUUGAUGGUGCGGCCGGAGCAGCAAUGGCCUCCCCAGGAAGAGCAGGACCGGCCGGACGCGGCGAUGGAAGACGCGGAAAGCGAGCCGAUGGAUCAAAACCAAGAAGAGGAUGAUAAGGAUAUUGGAGAUGAUGAUGAGGAGGAAGAUGAGGAGGGGGGUGAGAAUUAUGAGAUAGUUGCAAGUAAACCUGCUUCAAUGGGUGCAGCUGAGUGAGACAUGGCCAAGAAGAAAAGGUUUGAGGAAUGUGGGUUGGGUUGCACGGGUUGUCGGGCGGGGAGAAGUGGGCCCGGUUCGGCGGUGCGUGGUGAAUUUGGAGACGAGGAUGUCGAAAAUAUACGGCAAAAACACAUGGGGGGGUGGGGGGUUGUAGCAUAUAGUCAGUCAGUGGGAUUAUAUGUUUUUAAUUUAUAGAUUAUUUAUUUUUUUCGGUUAAAUUAAAUAAUUUGAGAGAGAGAGAAAGAGAGAAAGAGAGAGGGGUGUAAGGUGUUCACUGUUCAGGUUCCACAGAAUAAAUAAAAUGUGACGACGCGGUAUUGUACUUUUUUUUCUUUUUUUUGUUUACGUUUCAUGGUAAUUGGUGGUGUAAAUGUGAGAAAUGGUUAUAUG